UUUCUGGUCUCAAGCCCGGCUGCGAUCAGGUCCAAGGCAGGCUUUUAUUUUUGGACUUAAUUAAGAUCUCGCCAGCCCGGUAAGCAGGACCAAGCCCAUCAGCGAGGACGAAGGGAUUAGAUCGGACCUUCACCCAAAUCGCCCGUAGAUUCCUUAUUCCACGAUGCUCGCCGCGGCACCCGUCCGUCCCGUCGGCCUCCUCCCAACCCUCUCUCUUGGCGGCCGCCGUCGCCGCGGUGCCGUCUCCGCCAAGCUUCCCAACCGGCGCAACCCCGCGUCAACCACCGGUGAAGAGGCGGCCGGCGUGGCCGCCGUCGCCGCUACCAAAUCCGGCGCACCUCGCGAUGGCCGAGCCCUGGGUUCCAACCCGAGAACCGGCGGGGCUUCGGAGGCGGAGGGGGGUUCGAGAGGGGCGUCGUCGCUGAGGGGGUCGGACGUGCUGCAAGCUCUCCAGAGAGCCGUCGCGGCGAAAGAGGCGCGGAAGGGGAGGAAGAGAAGGCCGACGAGGAGGAGCGAAGGCGGCGGCCGUGGAGGAGGAGAAGGAGACCUCCCCGGAGACUAUGACUAUGGCAAGGCCCAGCCGAUAGAGGUACGAGCCGAUUGGGGCCCACGAAUUGAGGAGUUGGAAAGGCGAAUCCAAGAACUACAAGCAGCACACCACUACCAUUAGCUUCAUAAUUUGAUGUCGUUCUGCUAUUGGCUACUGGAAGUGGCUCGAUUUCUGUAACAAUUCCUACAGAUGGAAAGCAAGAAUUGGAAUUCUUUGAAGUAUAGAGGUCAGAUGGGUUAAGAAGUUGAGGCUAAGAAUGUUAUAUGGCUGGGAAUACUUUUGGAUUCUUUUUGAUGGUUUAUGGAGAAGAUUGAUGGAAGAUGACUUUGUCCAUUUGGGGCUUGUUUUUUUUGUUUUCCUACAUGGAGAUUUCUCAAAGAGGGGAUCAUUGCAUCUGCCUGCUUCCUUUAAUUGAUACCAUACUUUCUUUUUCAGUGAAAGGAAUAGAGCUUAGGACAGAAUUCUCCAGGGAUGAAGAGGUGGAUUGAGAAUUUUCCAAGGGCUUUUAUACAGUUAUAUAGACAGGAUGUAAAUUUAGUUCAUUAGGUUCUUCGAAUUGUUUUUGCUAGCGCAUUAAACAAAUCUUCCACACAAAGGAGAGGUUGCACUUGUUGCAAAAGAUGUCCAUCAUGUCUCUCUUUCAUGUUCUUGCUUUUAUUAUCUUGCCCUGAAUAAUUCAA